GUAAAUAUCAUACACGUAAAUGAAACAAAUAAUAAUAAUAAAAAAAUAAACAAUGGGUUCAAUUUCGUUAAGUGAAUAAAAUUUCGAAAUUUUUAUUUAGUCGCUCACCCCUAUAACCAGCGAAUGGUUCGGUCCAGGAACAAGGAAGCUUCAGCUUAACAUGAGGCGUUUAGGGAAAUGAAUCUGCGGCUGUGAAUGUGAAAUUCUGCGCAGCAUCCUCAGGCUCGAAAGUUGUGAUUUGUCCGAAAUCCACUCAGUCCGUUUUACGUUUACCUCAUGCAGUUCAUCAAACCUCUUGUAGCCCUUAUGGUUUGCUGAAUGAAUAAACCAGCGGAAGCUGUUAUUCCGGACAAAACCAUUUUUUUGGGGUAUUGUUUUGCACUUUAACCUAGUAAAGCACCUGCCAUGUGGAAAUUUGACAUCUUGAGUCUCAUUGGCAUCUUCAUCCUAGCACUUUUUCUAAUAGCAGUAUGUUAUAUUUUAUACUCUGGACUGACCACUGAAAUCCACAUAAGGACAGGGUUGUCCCCAAUCAGGGGCAUCACAAUAGCCUACAAAUAUAAAGUGGGAUCUUAUAAGGACUGCGGAUCACUGUUUAAAGAGAGCUGCAGUAUUGGGCCUAAUCUGUCACCCAUUGGGAUCUUCUAUGAUGAUCCAAAGAAGGUCCCAAGACAGAAGUGCCGGUACGCGGUGGGCAGUAUUUUGAGCGAAGGUGAUGAGAGACCCAGUGAGGAACAACAGAAACUGUAUGAGAAGCACGGCUUCCAGGUUUUCUCUUUCCCAGAAGUCACACAUGUCGUCACGGCAGCUUUCCCUCACCGAACACCACUUUCCGUUUUCCUGGGAGUGCAAAGAGUCUAUCCACAACUGAACUAUUACAUCAAGGUAAGGAAGUUGUGUGCACAUCCAUUUCUAGAGAUUUACAGAGGGGGAUUGAUCCACUAUAUGAGUCCGUUGGCCCGACAAGGAGAUUUCUAUGUUCCUGAGGUCAGAGAGCCUCAGAGAUGGUUACUGGAAAAAGAUUCAGAAGAAGAUAGAAGGACAGACAUCACAGGUGCCGACUCCCACAGCGAGCGCAGCUCCACGAGCCGUCUGCCUCCUGAAAGUCGAGACGCCUCACCUGCUCCGUCCAGCACGCCGUCUAGCUCGCAGGGAGAUGGAGACAGACACCGGGAGUAUGAUCGAGACCACGCAGAGAGGAGCGACGACACCUCCAGCAUCUCCUCCUACGAGGAGCUGGACCUUGAGUCAGACAGGACGGUGAGGUGUGAUCACACCCCUCCGCUCCUCAGAGGAGACAGCAAAAACAACCUGCAGGGUCAGGACAGAGAAAUGAUGGUUGAGGAAGAGUGAUAGGGAUGCAUAAAGGGAAUUUGGGGGAAAUUAAUUAUAGGCUUUAAAGGAAUAGUGCACCCAGAAUUGUUACAUUUGGGUUAGCUUUUCUUUUAAAGGUGCUGCUUUUGACAAAUUGACACAAUUCAAGCUGUAAAGAUAACACUGCUGCGUAUCCUGAAGGGUAUUAACAGGUAUAUAAUUGUGCCUGUAAAAAUAAUAAAAAAAAAACAAGUCAGGUAACCUGGAUUUCUUGAAAAACAUUCUCAUUUGUAGAGCUCCCUCAUUAGUAUUGCAUUGGUAAAUAUGUUUGUUUGUUUGUUUGUAACUAAUUGAAAUAAUGAUUGAAGUUAAACUAGCAUCCUUUUAUAAUUUAAUGUGUUUGCAAAUGUACCGUAAUGUUCAUCUUACAGUUAUUUACCCGUAAGACCAAUGUGUUAUUUUCUUUGCGCACAUUCAGUCUUCAUCCUUCAAUAAUCACUAAUGUGCACCCAACGAAACUCCAGAAAUUGAAGAUUUAUGUGACUUGAAUAGUAAUUCAUCAACACCAUAUGUUCCUAGACAAACGAAAUCUAUAUUUGCACCAUGCAGAAUCUGACAUUGCCGUGGGAGAAGUUAGCAGAUUUCCAACACUUGUUGUUGUUGUUGUUUGUUUUUUAUUGUUUGCAUUUGAAGUGUUUAGAGGGAUGCAUAACGCGAUUAAUCGCGAUUAAUCUAUAACAGAAUACAAGUUUUUAUUUACAUCAUAUAUGUGUGUAAACGGUGUUUUUUUUUCUUAAAUUAUACAUGCAUGUGUGCAUAUUUAUAUAUACAUAAUUAUUAUACACAGUUCACACACACAUAUAUGAUGUAAACAAAAACUUUUAUUCUGCUAUAGAUUAAUCGCGAUUAAUGAAUAGCAGAAUAAAAGUUUUUGUUUACAUCAUAUAUCUGUGUGAACUGUGUAUAAUAACUUUGUAUAGAUAAAUGCACACACAUGCAUGUAUAUAUUUAAGAAAUGUUAGCAUGUGUAUAUACAAUUGUAUAUUUAUGCAUAAUUUAUAUUAUAUAAAAAUAUAAAUACUUAAUAUAUAAUUUUUUUUUAAAUUAUACAUGCAUGUGUGCAUAUUUAUAUAUAUACACAUAAUUAUUAUACACAGUUCACACACAGACAUAUUUUAUUUUGUUAUAGAUUAAUCGCGAUUAAUCGUUAUGCAUCCUUUGUUUAGAGUACAUAACCGUUUUAUGUGCUGUAUAUUUCAAUUCAUUUUUCUCUAUUAAUACAAAUUACACUUGAUGAUCAGUGUAGUAUGUUGCUGUAGUGUUUUCUAUACGUUUAAUGUUGAUACGUUUCCAGUUUGAUAUUAAGAAGCUCCACUGACUAUUUUGACAUGGUAUUUUUCAUUUUUAUAAAGAAGCAACUGCGAGUCUCAGUUGAUGUGCUGACAUUGAUGUUUACCCUUGAAAGAUUUUCUGUUUAUAUUCUUCACACCUGACAGACUUGAUAUCUUUGUGUUUAAAAUGUUUUAAUGAUUUGUUUUACUAGUUGUUGAUCAACUUAAUAAAGUGUUUUAACAGG